GCAGGCGGGGCGGGACAUCCGAGCUGGGAGGUGUGCUCCUGUCCCUAAUCACCACGGCAUGGGGGGUCCCCAGGGGCCCUCAGGCCUCCUCCACAUCCCACACCCUUUCCUCUGCCUGCUCUGCCUCCUCCCGCCGCUGCUCAAAGCAGCUGGGCCACGCCAGGCGCCCGGAGACCAGCGCCCGUGGGCACUGCUGGAGCAGUACUGCCACACCGCCACCACGCUCGCCAACCUCUCAGGUCCCCUCUCCUACUGCAACGCGACCUUGGACCAGAUCGGGACGUGCUGGCCCCGCAGCGCAGCCGGAGCCCUGGUGGAGAGGCCGUGCCCCGAGCACUUCAACGGCAUCAAGUACAACACCACGGGAAAUGCCUACCGAGAGUGCUUGGAGAACGGGACCUGGGCUUCACGGCUCAACUACUCGCAGUGUGUGCCCAUUUUGGAGGAAUCAAAGCAAAUGAAGUAUGAGCUGCACUUCCACAUCGCCCACAUGGUCAACUACCUGGGCCACUGCAUCUCCAUGGCAGCCCUCAUGGCCGCUUUCCUGCUUUUCCUGGCCCUGCGGAGCAUUCGCUGUCUUCGGAAUGUGAUCCACUGGAACCUGAUCGGCACCUUUAUCCUGCGGAAUGUCACGUGGUUCCUGCUGCAGCUCAUCGACCACAAAGUGCAUGAGAGAAAUGAGGUCUGGUGCCGCUGCAUCACCACCGUCUUCAACUACUUCUUGGUGACCAACUUCUUCUGGAUGUUCGUCGAGGGCUGCUACCUGCACACGGCCAUCGUCAUGACCUACUCCACCGAGCGCCUGCGCAAGUGGCUCUUCCUCUUCAUCGGAUGGUGCAUCCCCUGCCCCCUCAUCAUCGCCUGGGCCCUUGGCAAGCUCUACUAUGAGAACAAACAGUGCUGGAUUGGGAAGGGGCCGGGCGACCUAGUGGACUACAUCUACCAGGGCCCCAUCCUCCUCGUGCUCCUGAUCAACUUUGUGUUUCUGUUCAACAUCGUCAGGAUCCUCAUGACCAAACUACGAGCAUCCACCACGUCGGAGACGAUCCAGUACAGGAAGGCGGUGAAGGCCACCCUGAUGCUCCUGCCCCUUCUGGGCAUCACCUACAUGCUCUUCCUGGUCAACCCCGGGGAGGACGACCUGUCGCAGAUCGUGUUCAUCUACUUCAACUCCUUCCUGCAGUCAUUCCAGGGCUUCUUCGUGUCUGUCUUCUACUGCUUCUUAAACGGAGAGGUGCGCGCAGCCGUGAAGAAGAGGUGGCACCGGUGGCGGGACCAUCACUCCCUCCGAGUCCCCGGGGCCCGGGCCAUGUCCAUCCCCACCUCGCCCACUCGGAUCAGCUUCCACAGCAUCAAGCAGACGGCCGCUGUAUGA